AUGGUUGAAAUCUGAAUGCCUGUGUGUCUGAUACGGGUGACCCUGAGGCUUUUGAGAUGUGUAGAGAAGAUGCAAUAUGUUAAGGCUCAUUAAACCUGUGAUUGCCUGCAAACAUGUUCCCUAAAGUAGCCUUGACCCAUUUCCUUAUUCCUCAGUGCUCUGAUAUACAGGUCAGAGUAAUAGCAUUCUGUCUUUCUGCAGAGUGCCAUGGAAAAAAUACAAUUUGAGCCUUUGAAGUUUAAUGAAUUAUUUUGAUAUAUCCAAAUACUAUUUGUUUUCCGAGAUAAACUUCCUCGGGACUGGGAUAUUCUGUAAAGCAUAUGAACAGGGUGGAUGUCACUGACCCGUACAUACAUUGGCCUACACACAUAAAGUCUGCUUCCCUUUCAAUUAAUCUGCAGUCAGCCAGCAAUUCUCAGUUGAGGAUGCCUGGGUUCCUUUAACCUCUGUGGACACUGACGAGUGGAAGCGCAUCUGUGUUUGUGUUAUUUCAGAUUUUAUGAUUCAUUAAUUAAUAAUCCUGUUAUCAGACAUGUUAAUACGUAGGAAUCAAUGAAGUGUGUGUGUUUAUUUGGAGGGUCUUGGAAAAUUAUAUUAUCUGAGAGUGAAAAUGUGUGUGUGGUGUAGUUUGGGCAUUUGCUCUAAUUCCUCUUGAGGUCAAGACAAUGUUUGUGUGAUAUCUGACAAAUCUGGGGCUGUUUUUCUUUAGUUUGGUUUACUCUGGAGUGAAGAUACAUUAGAAAUUAACAUUGGCCUAGUUAUCCACUGUGACUCAACACACACAUAAAGCUCAGUCAGAUUUCUCUUUCUUUCAGUUUUUCUUACACCCACUCUAUAUUCUUAGUCUUAAUUUUCUCUCUUCUUUAUUCCAUGUUUCUCCUAUACAGCUGAUGGUUCAUGUUAAGCAUUAUGAUGGAAGCACUUGAUCUUCCGAAUUUACUCAAGAAUGCAGAUAUCAGAAGAGGUGGAUGGAUGGAUGUUUGUCCUCUGCUGCAGUGCGUCUUGGGAUGUGGAUCUGGAGCCCCUCAGAAAUUCACCUCAGGCUAGCAAGUGGCCAGAGAAAAAGAAAGAGCAGAAGACCCCCUAUGCACACACAGACACACACACACUGACACACAGACAUACACUAACACUAACAUAUCUUAGUGUGCUCGUCUCAGGAUGCAGUGCUCAGUCAGAUGGCAGUGGAGGAGAGACCAGAGUGCAUCAGAAUGGGCGUCCUGCCCCUCCAAAACACAUCUGCUUACUGAGAUUUUGCCACAGGAUACCAGGGAUUAAAAGAGAGCAGCUGAGCAGUGAAAGGAUGUUUUCUCUGUUCUGGAGGAUCCUGCUGGAGCUCUUACUGGUUUGGUGGAUGUUUGAAGGGGUCACAAGGUGUGUGUUUAGUAAAGAGCUGAAAUCGCCCAGCAGCAGGGUGAAGCCCAUGUCACCAUCUGAUUUUCUGGACAAAUUAAUGGGAAAAACAUCUGGAUAUGAUGCUCGGAUCAGGCCCAACUUUAAAGGUCCUCCUGUAAAUGUCACUUGCAACAUUUUUAUCAACAGUUUUGGUUCCAUCACAGAAACCACCAUGGAUUAUCGGCUGAAUGUUUUCCUACGGCAGCAGUGGAAUGACCCACGGCUGGCUUAUAAAGAGUAUCCAGAUGAUUCUCUGGAUCUUGACCCAUCCAUGCUGGACUCCAUCUGGAAGCCAGACUUGUUCUUCGCCAAUGAGAAGGGUGCCAACUUUCACGAGGUCACCACAGACAACAAACUACUGAGGAUAUUCCAGAAUGGAAAUGUGCUGUAUAGCAUCAGACUCACUCUGAUUCUGUCAUGUCCUAUGGAUCUGAAGAAUUUCCCAAUGGACAUACAGAUCUGCACUAUGCAGUUAGAGAGCUUUGGCUACACUAUGAAUGAUCUGAUAUUUCAGUGGUUGGAUGAAGGCCCAGUGCAGGUGGCUGAUGACCUCACGCUGCCCCAGUUUGUCCUGAAAGAGGAGAAAGACCUGGGAUACUGUACAAAACACUACAACACUGGUAAAUUCACCUGUAUAGAGGUGAAAUUUCAUCUAGAGAGGCAGAUGGGCUACUACCUGAUCCAGAUGUACAUUCCCAGCCUCUUAACAGUUAUCUUGUCAUGGGUCUCCUUCUGGAUCAACAUGGAUGCCGCCCCAGCCCGUGUCGGUUUGGGCAUCACUACAGUUCUCACGAUGACAACACAGAGCUCUGGAUCCAGAGCAUCCCUGCCUAAGGUGUCCUAUGUGAAGGCCAUUGACAUCUGGAUGGCAGUGUGCUUGCUGUUUGUCUUUGCUGCUUUGCUGGAGUAUGCAGCAGUUAACUUUGUCUCUCGCCAACACAAAGAAUUCUUCAGACUGAGGCGAAAACUGUGCGAGGAGCAACGCUACAGAGCUGCAUCUGGUCAGGCUGGAGGAGCAGAGAUGAAGAACAAAAGCAACAACAUCACGGGGAAUACACCAAGCAGAAGCACACAACGCCGGUGCAGUGCUUGUGCUCGGGAAGAGCUGUUAGCCUCACAGAAUCAGGACUUGUACUUCACAGGAUACGGGAUGGACAGCUGUCUGUCUGGGGAUGGACCUCUCUCUGAGGCUGCUGCCAUGUUCGCGGGCCUGCCGCCCGGCCACAUCCUUUUUGAGAUCCGCCGACGCUUUGUGGAACGAGCAAAGCGGAUUGACACCAUCUCACGAGCCGUCUUCCCUCUCAGCUUCCUCGUUUUCAACGUGUUCUACUGGAUCACGUACAAAGUGCUCAGAAAUGAGGACAUUCACCCUGCCCCGCAACCCUGACUCCCUUGAAGACUUCUGAAUUUCCCAGUAUUCCAUUUUGUAAGCCAGUUUAAAUCCAGUGUGAGGAUAAGAUUCCGUAUCAAAGACACACAAAAAAAUAAAAAAUGCUUGAUGAAAAGGUGUUCUCUCUGCACGAGUGAACAUAUGUGCAUGCAUCUCAGACCAGUUUUACAAAGAUAUAUAUAUAUAUAUAAACUUUGUUUAUAUGUGACACUGGAGCACAAAAGUACGGAAGUUCAAGCAGUCAUAAGUAACACAGGUAUAUUUGGAGCAAUAGUCAACAAUACAUUGUAUAUGGGUAAAAAUUAUCCAUUUCUCUUUUAUGCCAAAAAUCACAAGGAUGUUAGGUAAAGAUCAUGUUCUGUGAAGAUAUUUUAUUAAUUUCUUACCAUAAAUAUACCAAAACUUAAUUUUUGAUUAGUUAUAUGCACUUAUAAGUGCUUCAUUUGGACAACUUUUAAAGGUGAUUUUCUCUAUUUUAUUUUGCACCCAGAUUCCAGAUUUUUAAAUGGUUGUAUCUCAGCCAAAUAGUGUAGUUUCCAAACAAACCACACAUCAAUGGAAAGAUUUAAUUAUUCAGCUUUCAGAGGUUUUAAUUUGACUGGCUUUGUGGUCCAGGGUCACAUAUGUAGAACGGCUGGAUCAGUCCUGACCUUUGGUCUCCUAAGAUGCAAAUAUUUUAUUGUUUAUGAUGUUUUCUUUUUUUGUAAAUACUUUCUGCACUGAGCACAUUUAUUCCUGUCCGUUAUCAAAAAUAAGUUAUAAGAAAAUUCCUCCUCAGGGCUGAUUUUGGAGGAA